UCCCCCUCCCCCCGAUAAACGGUCCGGCCACAACCAGCGAGUAAUUGGAUUCAAAAAGGUUGAAAAAUCGAAGAUGCCCCCAAAAAACAAAAAACGCGGUGGAUCUGGAAAAUCAAAAACAACUGAACCAGCUGCCAAAUCUGCUAAAACAGAGCUGGAUGACUCAACGGAACAUGUGACUGUAGAGAGUUUGACCACUGGCAGAAGAACAGCAGUAAAGUCAUCUGGUGAGGAUAAAGACAACAAAGGGGCACACAACUUUUGGCUGAUGAAAUCAGAACCAGAAAGCCGAAUGGAAAAUGGUGUUGAUGUGAAGUUCGGAGUGGAGGAUUUGAAGGCACAACAAAAUCAGACUGCCUGCUGGGAUGGUGUUCGGAACUACCAGGCUCGAAAUUUCAUGAGAGAUAUGAAGGUGGGACAGCUAGCCUUUUUCUACCAUAGCAAUUGUAAGGAGCCAGGAAUUGCUGCAGUUGUCAAGAUCGUAAAGGAAUCUUAUAUUGAUCACACACAGUUUGAUAAGAAGGAUCCUCAUUAUGAUCCCAAAAGCUCAAAGCAAAAUCCUAAAUGGUUCAUGGUGGAUGUGCAGUUUGUCAGGAUGAUGAAGCGUUUUAUCUCUCUGGCUGAAAUGAAGCAAUACCAUCAGGAACACAAAACAAAGGAAGGUCCACUGAAAAACAUGGCACUCUUUACCAGGGCCAGGCUUUCUGUACAGCCAGUAACCAAAGAGGAAUUCGACUUUGUCCUGAGCCUUGAAGACAAAAAGCCAGUUUAAAUGGAAGAGAUUGCUGGUGGGAGUCAUUAAUGAUCUUCAGUCUUCCAGUUAUUAAUGCUGUUUAGGUUGAACUGAACCUAUACUUUGAACGUAUCUAUCAAGUGCUUGUUUUCUUUGGAGUUGGGACUCAAAAUGAAUCACGUUGCUUAAUUCCACGUAGAGAUUAUUAUUCUAGAUUCAUGCAGUCACUAUGUUUUCUAGAGAGAGAUGCAUAUUAUCUUUGCUGAAAAAUAAAGUUAGGGCCAGAGUUAAUACUCCAGGUUCGUUUCUUGUUGCAGUCCUCAUAUGGCAGUGGAAGACAUGGAAAAGUAGUCUGUAAAAUACAUUUGACAAGACCUGCAUUGCCUCAUAUCAGGAUUACUAUGUAUUUAGUUUCAUUUGUAGAUGAAGUGCUGUAUGAGGGAAACAUUAGCUACCUAACCAUUCUCUUGCACUGUUUAAUUUUACACUGAUGACUGCCAGAAAAAAUACCUUGAAUUGUAAACAACCUAUUACCUUGAAAGUUUGUCCUUGGAACAUAAUUUUAAGUUUUAAAAAUACAUAAAUUGUUUCACUAUUGUUUAAAUUCUUGUCAAUUCUAAGAAAAAGUAUUGGUGACAUGGUUAUUUUGGUACAUUUAAUGUUGAGUUUCUGUGGUGAAUUCUUCUCAAUACACAAGGGAUGCAUUUUCACUGAUGUAGAAGGAAUACCUCCGUUUACAAUAAGAAAGAUCGGUUUAAAGUUUAAUACUUUUCAUACCAGGUACAAAAUAAUCAUGCAGAUGAGUAAAAGUUGGCAAAGCUUAGUCAUGUUCCUGAUGUUAAGUAUUAACUGUUUCAAGUGCAUAUUGAUGUGAUUACAUCACUGUAUCUGGAUUUUAUAAUAAAAUUGAUUUUAUUUCACAGUAA